AAAAAAAAAAAAAUCACGCUUCAAGCGUAUCAAAGCACUAAUUAUAUAAGUAGUAAAAGCAUUCCAAAAAAUAAAAAAAGUUUCGAAAUUAAAAGUAAGCAGUCAUCAAACUAUAAAUUUGAAGCGUUUCAACUAGAAAGUGCUCCGAUUGGCCAUGUUGCACUUACUGACAACAACAUAAGAUCAAACUGCAACUAAGCAAGGAUAAGGUCAUCACUCAGUCGUAAGCAUUAGCUGUCUAACCUGCAACUAAAAUAAGACAAAGUUUCGAUUAAAAUACUAAUUUGGAGAUAAUACACGUUUCAAGGCAGCGCAACUAACUACAAACAUGAUUAAUAUCGCUGGGGUUGUGAGCAUUGUGCUCUUCUAUUUGUUGAUUCUAAUCGUGGGCAUUUGGGCGGGACGUAAGAAAGCGGCCGGCAAUGAUUCUGAGGAGGAGGUGAUGCUAGCAGGACGCUCCAUUGGUCUUUUUGUUGGCAUAUUCACAAUGACCGCAACUUGGGUCGGGGGUGGCUAUAUAAAUGGUACAGCAGAGGCCAUCUACACAUCGGGCUUGGUGUGGUGUCAGGCGCCAUUUGGUUAUGCCUUAAGUUUGGUUUUCGGUGGUAUUUUCUUUGCAAAUCCCAUGCGUAAACAGGGUUACAUCACCAUGCUGGAUCCGUUGCAGGACUCUUUUGGCGAACGCAUGGGUGGUUUACUUUUCUUGCCAGCACUCUGUGGUGAGGUAUUCUGGGCUGCUGGAAUUUUAGCUGCUUUGGGCGCUACAUUGUCCGUCAUCAUUGAUAUGGACCAUCGCACUUCGGUGAUACUUUCUUCUUGUAUUGCCAUUUUCUACACACUUUUCGGCGGCUUGUACUCCGUUGCCUACACCGAUGUAAUACAAUUGUUUUGCAUCUUUAUUGGCCUAUGGAUGUGUAUACCCUUUGCAUGGGCCAACGAUCAUGUGAAAAGUUUGUCAUCGAUGGAGGUUGACUGGAUUGGUCAUGUAGACCCAACGAAGCAGUGGUUUUACAUAGACUAUGGAUUGUUACUGAUCUUUGGCGGUAUACCUUGGCAGGUGUAUUUUCAACGCGUGCUAUCGAGUAAGACAGCUGGCCGCGCUCAAUUGCUGUCAUAUGUUGCAGCCGCAGGUUGCAUCUUAAUGGCGAUCCCACCGGUACUCAUUGGCGCUAUUGCCAAAGCCACAGCAUGGAAUGAAACCGAAUACGUUGGCCCCUAUCCACUGACCGUCGAGCAGACAAGCAUGAUUCUACCCAUGGUAUUGCAGUAUCUUACCCCCGACUUUGUAUCCUUUUUUGGUCUUGGCGCCGUAUCAGCUGCUGUCAUGUCCUCGGCGGACUCAUCGGUGCUCUCGGCCGCCUCCAUGUUUGCACGCAAUGUUUACAAGUUGAUUUUCCGUCAGAAAGCUUCCGAAAUGGAAAUUAUUUGGGUGAUGCGUGUUGCAAUUAUAAUCGUGGGCAUACUUUCAACUAUAAUGGCGCUUACAAUUCCCUCCAUCUAUGGUCUUUGGUCAAUGUGUUCGGAUUUGGUGUAUGUAAUAUUGUUCCCGCAACUUUUGAUGGUCGUACAUUUUAAGAAGCACUGUAAUACCUAUGGCAGUCUCGCUGCCUACAUAGUAGCGCUCUUUAUUCGUUUGUCGGGCGGCGAAGCAUUGCUUGGUUUGCCGCCACUCAUACAUUUCCCCGGCUACGAUGCGGAGACACAAACACAGUUAUUCCCCUUCCGCACCACGGCCAUGCUAAUGAGUCUGAUUACACUGAUAGGAGUUUCCUGGUGGACAAAAAUGAUGUUUGAAUCGGGCAAACUUCCGCCGGGUUACGAUUAUUUCCGUUGUGUAGUAAAUAUUCCUGAAGAUGUACAAAGGGUGGGAGAGCCGUCAGAAGCUGGAGAGCAGCUUUCUGUUAUGGCUGGCCCAUUGGCACGUUCCUAUGGUGCCGCCACCAUGGCUGGCAAAGAUGAGCGUAACGGACGUAUUAAUCCAGCGCUCGAGUCCGACGAUGAUCUACCCGUUGCCGAGGCGAAACGCAUGAAUCAGCAGACAGCGCAGGCGCAAGUGCAGAAAAUGUUGAGCAAGGCAGCGGGCAAAGGUGGCAGCGGUAGUGAGAGUAGCAGCAUCGGCGGCGGAGGGGGUGGCGUAGGUGUCGGAAGCAAUUUAAGCGGACAAGGUGUGGCUGUGCCAACUGCUGAGCAUGAUAAUACUGCCUUCUAAGUAAAUAUUUAAUCAUGACACAUACAUACGCAUACACACACAUACACACAUAAUAACACACAUGCAUACGUAUAUAAGGUACGUACGGACAUACAGAGAAAAUACUUGUGCAAAAUUAUAAAUUCAAAAUUGUAUACCAAAAUAAAGAGCAUUGCCAGGUUAGCAUUGUAAGAAAAAUGUUUGACAAAGGAGUUGAAGAUUUAAUAACUUCUCAACUGAUUUUAAGGUUCCAAAAAAAAAACUAUGCAAAAAUUUAUUGGCAAAAUCUCUACGGGUAACCAACUACUACGAGCACUAUACAAAAGGUACACACACACACGCUUGCACAGACAUAUUUCAAGUAAAUAUACAAACGAAAAUAGACUUAGAGGAGUGCUCGCCAAGCAGUUGGAUAAGUACGUAAAAGUGAUGGUAUUUAAAUUAAGCUUAUGAAUUAAACAUAUCAACGCAUGAAAGAAAAUGCAAAU